AUGAAUCUCUUGCCUUUUGUCUCCAACACUUUAGUUAAAAGACUUCCUCUUCAUAACCCAAGAGAGCAGACAAUCAAGUACUUAAUCUACUUAAACCUUGGUGUAUUUGGUCUUUACACUCUUUAAAAUGGACCAAGAAAGCAACAAAUGCAAAGAUCAUUGAGAGUACAAGCUGAUUCAAGUAUUCAAUCACUCAUCAACUAUCACUUCGCAAACUUAUCACUUCCAUGGCUCGCCUUCAACACAGGUGUUCUAUACACUAUCGGAAACUAUCAUCUUGUUAAAUAUGGAAGAUCUCACUUCUUCAGAGUCAUAGGAGCUUCCUGUCUUGGAGGUGCAGUCCUUUCGGCAGUAUCAGCUUAUAAUGAUAGAGAUUUCACUGCAUCAGGUGGAGUCUCAAUUUCAGCAGGUCUCCUCACCUAUAACAUCUUCAAGAACCCACAAUGGUUCAAGCUCUACUUCAGAGCUUCCCCUCUUUUAGCUUUACUAGUUUUAUAUGCUGGUUUUUACAAUGACAGAGCUGCUCUUGGAGGUCUUGGUGAAACAAAGGCAUUUAAGGAUAUACAAGUCAAUGAGUUGGGAUCAGAGAUGUUGUCUCAUAAUUUAUUGUAGCAAGAAGAAAAAGCUAAACUUAAUUUAGAAAAUGGCAAAGGUAGCUCAAGAGACAGAAGAAGCAAGUCAAGAGAUAGAGAUAGCAAAAGGAUUAAUAGAUCAAGAUCCAGAAAGAAGAAGUCUCAUAAACAUCAUAGAAAAGAGAGUAGAGACAGAGAUGGGCAUAAGCACAAAAGAAAAAGCGGGUCAAGAAGAAGAAGUGAUAGCAGAAGAACAGAUUCUGAGGAAAGAAGAAAUAAAGGAGAAAAAAAGAAGCCAGAAGUGGAGCCUGAAGUAGAUCCCGUCAAGAAGCAAGAAGAGGCGCUAUAAAAAUAACUCGAAGAAGCUAAGAGACAAGCAGAAGAGUCGUAAAGAGAUGAUUGCACAGUCUUAGUCAACAGAAUAGCCUUACAUGCCAACGAGAGAGAUCUGUACAAUUUCUUCUCUAAAGAGAAAGGAGUCGGUAAAAUCCGUGAUGUAAGACUUAUUAGAGAUCAAAGAUCGGGUAAAUCAAAAGGGAUUGCUUAUGUAGAAUUUUAUACACCGGAGUCAGUUUUACUAGCAAUGGCACUUUCUGGCACAUAGUUAAUGGGAUAAACAAUAAUGAUAUAGGCAUCUCAAGCUGAGAAAAAUAGAGCAGCAGCAGCUUCAAAGUUUAAGAAAGAGCAGGAUAGAUUCGGUAAUCCUGUGAAUCCAAAGCCACAGCCUAAAAAGGUAGAGGAAGGGAAUUAAGUCUAUGUUGGAGGCUUGAUUGACGUCUUGAAUUCAGUUAGUGAGUCAGAAAUUAGAACCUGGUUUAGUCCAUUUGGAGAUAUCGAGAACAUUGAAUUACCUAAAGAUCACAUUACUGGCAAAAACAAAGGUCAUGCAAUAAUAACGUUUAGAAGACACAAGCAUGCUAAAGCUGCGGUUAAAGAAAUGAAUGGAUUUGAUAUAAAUGGAAGAAAGCUUAAGGUAUCUAUUGUCACUGAGCAAACAACUAAACAGAUGAAUCAAAGAGGAGAGUAUGACCUAGAAGAUGAUUCGGCUAAUUAAUACAUUCAUUCAGCUUCUUCAAGAGCACUUCUGAUGUAAAAACUUAGUAGGGAAUCAAAUAAGCAAGAUACUGGCCAAGCGAUUAUGGCCUAAAAUUUUAAUAACUAGCCAGUUAUUCCACAAUACAUCUAAGCUAUGCCUUCCAAUUGUCUGUUGCUUAACAAUAUGUUUGACUAAGACUCGAUUGAUCUUAAAAAGGAUCCAGCCUUCUUCAUUGAUAUUAAAGAGCAAGUUGAAGAAGUGUGUGGAGAAUUAGGAAAAGUUGAAAAAGUUUGGGUUGAACAAGCAGCUGGAAACGUAUGGGUGAAGUACAAUAAAAAUGAUGUCCAGGGCGCAAUGAAAGCCUAACAAACUCUAAAUCAAAGAUAUUUUGAUUCAAGAUUAAUCACAGCAAGUUUUGUACCAGAAAAUGUAUUCUAUGGUAAGGUUAAGGAAAGAUGA